UGAACAAGACAAACUUACCCCCUCUGUUGCUCCGCUGAAGAUCAGAGGGAGGAGAGAGAGAGAGGGACGUUGAAUCACCCCACGAAACCUAACUCACUUGACGCCAAAUCUGGUGGAGUGUUUUCGCAAUGGAGAGUGAAGAGGAUGCACGGAAAAGAGCUCAGGUGGUGGAAGAGCGGGCCAGAAACAUCAGUCACAAUGUUCGGUGCACGGAGUGCGGGAGUCAGUCCAUUGAAGAUUCGCAAGCCGAUGUUGCUAUUCUCCUCAGAAAGUUAAUUCGUGAUGAAGUUCGGUCUGGUAAAAAUGACAAAGAGAUCUAUAAAAAGCUUCAGGAGGAUUUUGGGGAGUCGGUGCUUUAUACUCCAAAGUUUGAUAUGCAAACUGCAGCAUUGUGGCUAUCACCGAUCAUAUUUGGUGGUGUCGCUGUAGGAAUAUGGGCUUACAAUAGGCACAGGCAAAAGACUGAUGUUCACAUCAUGGCUUUGAACCUUGUCAGAGGUGUUCCAUUGACCCCAAAAGAGAGAGAAACCAUACUAGAUCUCGUUACACCUCCUCCUCCAGAAGGAGCUACUCCUUUCUCCUGGUGGAGGAAAUGGCGGGGCCGAUAAUGAAUUUCCUUCCAGCUGCUCUUUCCUGCCUUCUGGGUUUGGAUUUCUAGUGGGAAAACCCGAGCGACGAGAGGAGAAUCAACUUGCUGAAGGGCUUCAUUUCAGUGGCAUGCAGUUAAUGUUUGAUGAUAAAAGAAGUUGAAUCGUAAAGCAAUUUUGCACUAGCCCAUUGGUCAACUUUAUGACUUUGUAUAUCAUAGAUAGGGAUGCCUUUUUUAUUUGAAAAAUAUGUUUCAUAACAUGUUUGGAGGUUACUGCCUUAUAAUAAGCCAAUGUCUCAUUCAACUUUCAUAAGUUGAACUGCCUUCCUUAUGACAUUUUGCCAUUCGAGUUUU